AUGAUCACCUUGCGAGUGAGCAGCUUAUUGCUGCUUUUUUGUCUUUUCCCCCGAGACGACGCAUUUUAUGUUCCCGGAGUAGCACCAUUCGAUUUCAAAGAGGGCGACACGAUCGACGUCAAGGUCAGUUUGAUAGGGAAAACUGGAACAGUUUCGGAUAAGUUUGGGGCGGUUGAAUGAAUUGUGAGAAGAGUAACUAGGGUGAAAUUCAUGUUAAAGUAGAUUUUUCGAUGAAAAGGUUAAGGUUCUGUAGAUUUUUGCAAGAAAGGCCAUUUUCGUUGGGGUUGAAAUUCCUGAAAAUUGGCCAGAGUGCUCUUAGAUGUACCAGAUAAAGAUUCCGAAAAGCUCAACCUGUACAACUUUUUAGUUUUCGAGAAAAGAUGCUUUAAAUUCAAAUUCAAAAAUAAAACCCUCAAAAUACGUUUCAAAAAAAUUGAUCAUUCUUUUGUUUUCUAAAAAUUAGGGAUUUGAGCAGGUUGAGACAUUCGGCAUCUUUAUCUGGUACACCAAGGGAUCCAUUUCAUUUUUCAGGGAUGUUGAAAACCGCAAAGCAAGAUUACCUUGCUUGCAAGGAGCUCUGCGCUUUUGAUGAUUUGAAUAUAUUUUUACUGAGAAUUUAAAUAUGUUUAUUUGGGUAUCUUUGGUGGUAUGAAAAAAGACCAGCGAAAAUUCGAACGGCGGCUUUUCCGAUUUGUUCAUAUCGAUAGGGAAUUUCCCGACGGCGACGUUUCAGACUAAUCCUUUUCCGACUUUUUUUCUCGAUAUAAUCUUCGUUCUGAAUCUGCCUAUAUAAAGUAGGUAGUUGGUUCAUGAUUAAAACACAAAGAAAUAGGGGAAAAAAAAUGUUAAUGGAUGUUUUAUAAACCGAAAAACGUAAGGGAAAAAAGUUGGAAAGUUCCCUGAAUAAAGUUUCCCUGAUAUGAAAAAAUCGUAAAAGUCGCCGUUUGAAAAUUCGCUGCCUUUAUUUUCAUGUUACCUUGUUUUUCAAGUACGAAUUUAAAAAAUUUUAACGAUCAAUAUUAAUGUCGUCUCAAUAUUUAUUGGUGGUUAAAAGCGAUUUGAUUUGAAAAAAAAAACCAAUCAGGCCUACUUCAUGCCGUAUUCGAAGUGAUUCCGCGAAAUUCGAAAUGGCCAUCAGAAAGUGAAAAAAAAACAUAACUUUUUGAGAGUCAGAGAUAAUUCUGCGUUUCGCGGGAAUCACUUUGAAUACGGCAUCAAUAUGGAGUCAAUUGAUGCUUCAUAGGGCUUAAAAGUCAAUACUCUGAAUUUCCAGGCGAUAAAGCUGACGAGCACGAACAAUAUCCUCCCUUAUGAGUACUAUUCGUUGCCAUUCUGCAAGCCGGCCAGUGGACAAAUCGUCUACAAAUCGGAGAAUCUUGGAGAAGUUAUGCGAGGAGAUCGCAUCGUUAACACGCCUUAUACGGUGAGUAAUUGAGAAAAAUUCCUGUUGUGAAAGAAAAUUUCCGUUUUUUCAGUUCCAAAUGAAAAAAGACGUUAAAUGCCAGACACUCUGUACGGAUGAACAGUCGAAGGAUGAUGUUGAGAGGCUCAGGAAACGAAUCCAUCAAGAAUAUCAUGCUCAUUUGUCCGUUUCAUCGAUUUUUCAUGUUUUAUUUUGAGUUAUCUCGCUUCGAAUAGAGUGGCUAUAGACUUUUCUGAUUUUGAAUGUCAAACCACCGCUCAAACUCCGCCCCUAUUGCCGCGAUGAACCAAUCAGAAAGCGAGCCAUCCACAGAUCGUUUCCAAAUGACGUCACUUGACAUUCAAAGACUGAAAAGACUACAUAGUGAUUAAAAAGAGCUAAAAACAAGCUACUCAAUAGUUAGGAGCGAGAGAUAAAGGUUUUCUGAAGAGAAGCCAGAGAAAUCAGAGAAAUGGUAUCUCAAAAUGUCUCUUCAUACCUCACGCGAUCUCUUUGCCUCUCAUUUUUCCAGUAGUUUCUCUGUAGCCUUUUUAGAGGUCAAUGAAAAGCGAGAAAUUGCUCGGGCCGGAAGAGGUGCCAGACAGCCAAAAAUCUCUAAUUUCUCUGGCGUCUCUUCAGGCCUGACUUUAUAUAUGACUUCCUUUUGGUUUAUAGUCAUCCUCAGCAAAUACUCAACAAAAAUAUCAAUUUUUACAGGUUGGUCGACAAUUUGCCAGUGGCAACUAAAGUGGUGACGAAAAGCGGCGAAGUUUUCUACGAUUUGGGCUAUCGGCUCGGAUGGUCCGAUAAGGAGGGAAAUGUAUGGAUUUUGGAUCGAAUUUCAGAAAAAAUCACAUUUUCUUGAAUAAAUCAAUGUUUUCAGAGAAAAUGCCAUAUUUUUUCAGAUUUAUCUAAAUAAUCAUCUUCAUUUUGUGAUGAAGUAUCAUCAGCACUCGCCGGGGCUGUACAGGUAGAAUUUUUUUCCUAAUCAUUACAUAUCAAUUUCUUUUUCUGUUUGAGAUAUAAACACUUCAAAAAAAGUAUAGUCUAGCCAUUCUAGUUGAACUUUCUUGUUUUUUUUUUUGUCAGCUGAAAAAAACUAAAUAAUGCAAUUAUCGCAGAAAUUUCGCAUGGAAUCUCUCUGAAAAAAUAUUUACUUUAUUCUAAUUUUCUUUUGUGAGCCCCAGAUAGCUCUUUAUCGGUUAAAUCGUGAAGAGAUUGAAUCUUUUUUGUUUGAAACUGUAUCGAUACUUUUUUUUUCGAGGAAUUCUUUGAAGGGAAUCUGGAACCUUUUCUUACCGAUUCACGUCUUUUUUCAGAGUCGUUGGAUUCGAAGUUGUGCCGAGGUCGGCAAGCGGAUUGAUAUCCGGAAAGGUGUGUCUUGGGGUCGAGAAAGUCAUAUUUUUAGUUUUGAUGGAAAGAAAUUUGAAAUUCUGGAUUUUUUUGUUUCAAAACGCGUUGCUUUCAAUUAUUAAAAUUCGGAAAUAUUUUUUUAAAAAAAUAUGCAAAGGAUCUAAAAAGGCUAUAAAAACCUUUCAGGGUAACAAAGGAUCCUUUUCGCGCAGUUCCGUGGGCUUUUAUAAACCAUUUUUGCUGCCUCUCCUUUUUUUAACUUUUAAAAUUCUCUAAAAAAUGUCAGGCUUCUUGAAUUGACUCGUUUUCUGCUGCCUUUUUGCGGCUUUUUUUAAGCCUCUCCUUUUAAAAAGUCCUUAUCCACCAUACCGACUUUGCCCGAGUAUAAGUUUUUCUCAUGUUCAUAGAACGAAAAUGACGAAAGUCUAUUUUUAACGAAAAGAAAUUUUGUUGAAUUUUAAAAAAUGAUAUUAAUGUUUCAGGAAUGCUCACCAGCGGCGGAUGGAACGGAACCAUUCGAACUGAAAGAAGGCGCCCAGUCCAUCCCAUGGACCUAUUCGGUGUCCUGGGAAGAGAGCGAUGUUCGUUUCUUGUUCUAGAGAGAAAAUCAAAAGUAGAUAUUGACUAUUUUGACUUUUUCUGCCUAAUUUUAAUAUGGAUUUUCUUCGAUAUUGCUCUUUUUUUACUAUUGAAUUUCUUAAACGGCAAAAAGAAAAUUGGAAAAAAAUCUGAUAUAUUAUUUGGCCUUUUCUUAAAUAAUUUUUUUAUCAAUUUUUUUGUUGAAUUAUCAAUUAUUUACUGUUAUAAUUCUUUUUUUAAAACAAACUAGAGAAAAUCUAAAAAUUUCUUUAGCCUUUCAAUUUUGUUUUUUUAUGUGGAUUUUGUUCUGAUAUAUAUCCACAUUAUCUCAUUAUUCCUGAAUCUCCACUUUUUUCGACCUUUUUCAGAUCCCCUGGGCCAGUCGUUGGGACGUUUAUUUGGCCGUGAAAGCGACGGAUAUCCACUGGUUCAGUAUCCUCAACUCCAUCGUCGUUGUUCUUUCUCUGUCUGGUGGGAUCUUCAAUCGAGAUCUUCAGAUCAGUUUCAUCUUUCAGGAUUCCUGAGCGUCUCGAUCGUGAGAACGGUCCGUCGCGAUAUUGCCCAUUAUAAUAAGGAUGAGGAAGAGGUGAACUUUGGCUGAAAAAUUUUUUUUUUCAGAUUAAUGUUUUUUUUUUAAAUCAAAUCAAAAAAUUUUUUAUUUUUCACACACAAGUACUGAAAUUUACGAAAUAGAUGUAGGAAGAAUCAGGGAAAAUAUGUGUCGGAUCUUGUGGUGAUGGAGGGAAGAGGACUCGAUAAUGAUAUUAGAAAAUGUUCAAACAAAAUUAUUUUUAGGCGAGUUUUCUGAAGAAAUUGACUUUUUUUGAUUCAGGACGACACCCUGGAAGAAACCGGCUGGAAGUUGGUUCAUGGCGACGUCUUCAGACCGCCGCCGCACCAGAUGAUCCUUGUGAACAUGGUCGGAACUGGGAUUCAGCUCCUCGGAAUGGUUUCCAUUGUCGUUUGUGAGUUUUUGUGCGGGUUUCAGGGCCGAAAAGAGGCUUUUCUUUAUCUGAAUUGAGGCUUUUUUAGUCUUUUUAAAAAAAUUAUAUCUGAGUAAUUUGGAGGUAGGAAAGUACAAAAAAAGCUUUUUUUGAAAUAAAAAAAUUGAUGAUUCUGGUGUUAGAAGUGUUUCGAGUAUCAGCAGCCGGAUUCAUCAACAUUCAGCUCAUUUCCCGGAAAAAAUAACUUAUUUUUUUUGGUUUGAAAGGAAAAAAAUAAUUAUUCGUUCUUAGAAGUUUAGGUUUAAGAAAGUUUUAUCAAAUUUAAUGUUCGAUUGGAAGUCAAAAGUUGAAAAAUGAAGAGAAAUGGAAAUUUAUUGCAGUCUGCGCCAUGCUGGGAAUGCUGUCGCCGUCAUCCCGAGGCUCCCUCAUGUCGGCCGCUGUUUUCCUUUUCUGUUUCAUGGGCCUGAUUUCCGGAUAUCAUGCCGGACGCCUCUAUAAGACGAUGAAAGGCAGGAAUCCGAUUCGAUGCGCUGUUCAGGUGAAUCCAGAGUGUUCGGAGAAAAGAAGAGAAGAGAAAAGAAAUGAAAGGGAAUUUGGAAAAUGAACUAAGAAGUGAGAAGAAACCGGGAGUGAAGAGAAAAAAAAAUCUAUAAGUUUAAUUUUUAUUCCCAAAAUUCUAGCGCAACUGAAAUGAAAGAACUUUUCUAUAAAUCCAGUUCAAAACUAGUGACGUCAUGGUAUGAACUUGGGAAAUUCAAUUUUUAUUCUUUAGCUUUAAAAUCGCCGUUGUUAUGAUAUUUUUUCAUUUUGGUGAUUCGAAAAACUGCGGGAUGAAAUGAAGGUUUAUUUUAGAUCUGUUUGAAUAAUUUGUCUCAAAACCUGGAUAGAAAGUCUCUGUAUAAACACACUAAUUUGAAGUAAUGACCUAAAAAAAUUUUAUUAUGAAUAGGCGAUAGAACAACAAGAUUCAGCUUGUGGAAAAUUUAUAAUUUUUUUUUCGUUCUAGGUAGCUGAGAUUUGUAAAAAGAUUUUUUUGUUUUUAAAAUUAGAAAAAAAUACCCAAUUAUUCAUACAUAUUAAUUCUUGAGUAUUGAACGAAUUCAGACCGCUACCUUGUUCCCAUCGUUGAUUCUUGGCGCUGGAUUCCUGCUCAACUUUUUCCUCAUCGGCAACAGUUCGUCAGGAGCUGUAAGUGUCGGGAAAUAUCGAUCAAAAAGCUCAUGAUUUCAUUUUCCAGGUUCCUUUCGGGACAAUGAUCGCCCUGUCGGUCAUGUGGUUCGGUAUCGACAUGCCCCUGAUCUUCUUGGGUUUCUAUUUCGGUUAUAGGAAGCAGGUUGGUUUGAAACAGCCGAAAAUCACGAGCCUUCUUCCCAAAUUUUAACUUUGAGAACGCAAAAGAUCUAGAAAGGUUUUAUUGAGAAAUUAAAAAAGGUCCUGUCGGGAUAAGAAGAAAGGCAGUUCUUGGUAAGUGGAGUGCGCAGACAGACGACGCCCAGGCUAGUCGUUAAUCGGCUAUAGUAGUUUCUGAAAAUCUGUGAUGUGCAGCGCAUAAAAAUCGGAAAAACAAAUGAAACUAAAAAAAAGUUUUUUUUAGCCGUACACCCACCCGGUCCGCACCAAUCAGAUCCCACGGCAGGUAUCAGGAAAAAAAAAUUAUAGAAUCCUAAAAUUCCGAAUUACAGGUUCCUGAACAACCGUGGUACCUGAGAACGUUGCCGUGCUCGUUGAUCGCCGGAAUUUUGCCCUUCGGAGCCAUGUUCAUCGAACUCUUCUUCAUUUUUCAAUGUACGCAUUCCUCUCUGAAUCAUUUUUUUGUCUAUUCCUUUUUUUAUUCCAAAUUUUUUUGCUUUAGAGGGAACGCUGCGUAUAGGUUUUUUUGAAAAAAAUAAUAUCUUUUGAGAAGAAAUUAUAAAUUUAAAAACAAGUUACACCUAGAAACAUUAAAGGAAUUUGAACAAAUGCUAUAAUUUUUUUGAGCUAUUGGAAAUAAAUUCAAGAUUUAAAAACAAGAUAAAUCAUUCAAAAAUCUAAAAUGAAGCUGGAAAAUGAACUUUUCGUUUAAUCCGAUAUUAAAAUUGUUGUUUUUUUCGAUAGUUUUUCCAAUUUUAUUUUUCAAAUAUUCAAAGUUUAUGAAUUUUUGAUUUCGAAGCGUUAGCAUAGUGCUUCGUCGCUUCGAAAUUAAACUUAAAGCAAAAAAAGAAUUAUGUUUUAAAAAUUCAAAACGGCUUUCAUUCAGAUUCCCCCAUAGGACGACUGUACAGAAAAUUUAAGAAAAAGGCUAUAUAGAAAAUUGAAUUCAACAUUUUCUUAUCAAUUUGUUUACCAGGCGAUCUGGGAGAACCAGUUCUACUACCUCUUCGGCUUCCUCUUCAUUGUCUGCAUCAUUCUGGCCAUAUCUACUUCGCAAAUCUCCGUCGUGGCAACAUAUUUCAUGCUCUGCGCUGAGGUGGUUAUCGUCGAGAGAAAGAAAAUUAUAAUUUUGUUGUAUUUCAUUGAAAAUCGCCAUUUUCAGAACUACCGAUGGUGGUGGCGAUCUUUUGUGGUCAGCGGCGGCUCGGCCAUUUAUGGUUUGUUUCAAUUUUAUAGAAAAUAUUAUUGAUAAUUAGUAUUAAAUGGAACUCGAUGUAUUUUCUUCAUACAAACCUUUUUAGUGAUUUUUUGCUUUUUAACUUUUUUCAAGCUUUUUUUGGUUAUUAUCUAGAUUUCAAAAUACUUAACCAAUUUUUCUGUAGUUCUUGAAGUUAUCUAUGUUCAAACUGGAUAUUUCACGUUAUUUUUUGUGUCUUUGAAUACUGAUAAGGUUUUUUCUGUCAAUCUUUCGGAUUCUUCCUAUGAAAAAUGCUUUGAUUCAUUUUUUGCGUUCUCAAACGCUUUUUUUCAGUGAUGGCCUAUGCGGUCUUUUAUUAUCACUCGAAGCUGACGAUCGAGGGAUUUGUGCCGACUGUUCUCUACUUCAGUUACAGGUGCCCCCUGUUUUUUAAAUUUAUCAAGAUAAUUUUUAUUUUUGAAUGAAGUAGUGUUUAAUCAGGUUUCCAUAGUGAUUAGUUCUCCACGUUCGAAAAAGAGUAAUCGUGAAAAAAAUAAACAUUUUGGUGUUUAUUUCUUCAUCAAGCGAUUUUUUUAUUAGAAAAAAAGAUGUGAACGUUCAAUUAUAACUUAUUUGCAUUUUUUUCAACCUUUUAUUUGAAUUUUAACUUCAUUUUCGAAUAGGCAUUUUUCUCAAUUUAUAAACUUCAAAAAAAGAAACAGUUCGAAGAUUUUUAUUUAAAAAAACUAUUUCUGAAAAAUGCCUUUUUUUAAGAGUGUUUUUUUCAGUGAUAAAAAUGAAGAAUUUUCAGUUUCCUGAUCGCCCUCACCUUCUGGUUCAUGACCGGAACCGUUGGAUUCUACGCUUCCUACCUUUUCCUGAAGAAGAUUUACGCAGCUGUUAAGAUUGAUUAA